AAUUCCCGGCAUGCUUCAAUUGAAACCAGUUACUUGCGAAAACGAGUGAAGACGUUUUAUUUUGGGAGGGGGUUAUUCAUUUUAUAUGUUUUUAUUAUUAUUAUUAUAUAACGUGUUGUAUUGAUUGAAGAUGCAAGAACUAAUAGCCUGUGUAGAUCACAUCAAGUUUGAUUUGGAGAUCGCUGUAGAACAGCAAUUAGGGGCUCAACCUCUACCCUUUCCUGGCAUGGACAAGUCAGGAGCUGCAGUCUGUGAAUUCUUCGUCAAAUCUACUUGCUUAAAAGGAGGAAUGUGUCCUUUUCGACAUAUCAGCGGAGAGAAGACUGUUGUAUGCAAGCAUUGGUUGCGAGGACUUUGUAAGAAGGGAGACCAGUGUGAAUUUUUACAUGAAUAUGACAUGACAAAAAUGCCAGAGUGCUACUUCUACUCUAAAUUUGCUGAAUGCAGUAACAAAGAGUGUCCCUUUCUACACAUUGAUCCAGAAUCAAAAAUCAAGGACUGUCCUUGGUAUGAUCGCGGCUUUUGUAAACAUGGUCCUUUGUGUAGGCAUCGGCAUACCCGAAGAGUUAUCUGUGUCAAUUACCUGGUAGGGUUUUGCCCUGAAGGACCAGCGUGUAAAUUCAUGCACCCUCGAUUUGAACUGCCAAUGGGAACCCAAGAACAGCCUCCUCUUCCACAGCUGCCACAGACUCAGCAGAAGUCUCUCUAUCAAAACAGUACAUCAGUAAUUCAGAGGUCAUCUUCUUUGAUCCAGCUGACAAAUCAAAAUUCAACACCUACACAAAUGAGGAUGCCACAGGUCCCAGGGCUGACACAGCAGUAUGGCAGUAACACUGGAAUCAAGAUGCAGCGACCACUGGAACUUGUUACUUGCUUCAAGUGUGGAGAGAAAGGACACUAUGCAAAUAGAUGCAGCAAAGGACAUUUGGCAUUUCUCAGUUUACAGCAGUGAUGAUGGCAUCGCAUCAUCAGGUCAAGAAGUGGCCGUAAUGUAUUCCUUUGUGGGAUUCCAUAAAAUUCCAUUACUUUUCUAACAGUUGUUCAAAAGGCCUGCUAUGCUGGGCCUUUGGAGAAAAUUUACUGUCCUGAAUGCCAUAGCCAGAGACGUGUCAACGCUAUGGAACCAGCAGUGGAUGCCCGCCAAGUGAUCUGUCUGAGUUGGAAGGAUAUUGAGCUUUUAAAUUUUUAUUCUUUCAUGUAUUAAUUUUUUUUAUUUUAAAAGGACUGACUUCUCACAGCACCACUUUGAAUGUAUGACUGAAGGUAGCAGAUGUGGAAGAAGCCUUUCACAGUUCUUGUGCUGUAGUCAGCCAGGUGUCAUCCUAUACACCUCUUAUUGCCUUCCAGAACAAUGAAAAUACAAAUGAAGGCAUCAGGUUCACAGAACGAAUCAGAAGAUUGUGAAACCAGAAGAACUGAGUUUAAAAUGCCACAAUGUCUGUUUCUUUAGUUAACAUGGUAGUGAGCAAGACAUUUAAAUCUGUGACUAUAGAGGAUUCACUGAUUGUUUAAAUAUUACAUUAUAUUAGGGACUACCUUAUUUAAAUUAACUGUAAAUAACUGAGGCUAUUACAAGUUCCCAAUAGGACAUGGCUUUCAGGAGAAAAUAUCCCUUUCUUUUUGCAUUGUGUUAGGUUUACUUAGAUUUAUAUUUUUUCAGUGUCAAGCACCUGAUUUCCUUCUGUUUACAUAAUUAUAAUAUGCCACCUGAGAGGCAGUAGCUCUGUUUCAGAAAGUUUAAACCUGAAAUCAUCAUAUUCAUUCUUUACUGUACUGUUGACCGCAUCUUGUCCCCUCUGUACUAUCUUAGUUUAAAAAAGACAGCUUUUAACCCAGGUUUCUAGUUGAUGGGAACUAGUUUUCAUAGGUGUUUGUCAUUUGUAUAAAAAUGAAAGCUGCUAGAAUCCUUAAGAGAGAUUUGAAAAUGAAUUUGCUUUGAGUAUAGCCAGAAAUUAUAAUUAAGGUGGUAUGAAAUAAACCUGCUUCAGGUUGGGGUAGUAUAAUGGCUGUAAACUUUCAGUUUAGGAGGAGGUUAAAGAAUGCCUGGACAUGUUACAGUACUUAUAGUUUGUUCUUCUGUUUGCUUAGAAUCACUUACAUUUUAUCAGUCACUGUUUGUGGAUAAUGAAAUUUGGAAAUUGAGGACUGGAGUUUGUAGAAGUGUAGUGUAUAUAAAUUCAUCAAGUUUGAUGUGAGAAUGUUGGCUGAUAUCUUUUGAGAGGUGGGCCUGAGAACAAGGCGUAUUGUAAUAAGACGUAUUAACCUAUAUAUUGAAGGCAUUGUUUCAAAACAUCCCAUAAUGUUCAUUUUUAUUUUCUUAUUGAUGUAUGAAUCCAUUGACUUUCCUAAAAAAUACAAGUAGCAUUGUAUUUUAGUUCCCAAAUACCAAGCAUAAUACUAACUGCUGUCCAGGGUAAUGUAAGCUCAGUGAGCCAACAAUAUUGAAUAAGGCUUCUGGUUUCUCCUUGCAUAAAAUAAAUAGUUGAUUGAUGUA